AAAACUUGGCCUCCAACUGGGAAGCAUUUGUUUUCCUAUGUUUGCUGAAAUAAAUGUUCAAGCUAGUUCGUGUUGGAUAUUACCAGUCACUGCCAGAGACUCUUCUGCAAAGUUGAAGGGUAUAGAAUCAUAUAGGAAAAGAUUUUGUGGCUGUUAUAUACCCAGUUUUUCUAGGAAUAGACGAGAAAGAAAUAGAGAGACUGCGAGAGAACGUCAGUUUGUGGACUUUUUCAUUCCCACUCUUUGCAUGAAAAUGGAAUAUCCAGAAUUUGAAAACACUAGACAGGGCAAUAGUUAUAGAAACGAAGAUUGUAAGUUAAGAAAGGAACGGACGAAAACCUCUUACCGUAACGCUCAAUUGGAUCUGAUGGCGAAAGACAACGUUUGUUGCCUGUAUCCAAGCUGUUCAGAUUUUUCUCACGCUCUGAGUGAGCAGAGAAAGGGUCUUAUUUUAAAGGCUCGAGAGUCUUUCCAAAGGAGUGUGAAGAAGAAUCCUGGAGACGUUCGUCUCUACGUUGCUUGGUCAAAACUGGAGUUUCAGGAAGGAAGGACGGAACAAGCCAGACGCCUAUUACUUGCUGCUGAAGAAAUAGAUAAUUCUAGUGCUCAUGUGUUGUGUGCAUUAGCUAUUUUGGAAGAGAAGCUUGGAAGAACUAGUCGAGCCAGAGAAAUAUUUCGUAGAUGUGUUGAAUUGGACCCAAAAGAUGGAGUAGCGUGGCAGGCAUAUGCGGUUUUUGAAACUCGUCAGGGAAAGAGUGACGAAGCUAGAGAAAUUUUCUGUAAAGGUGUGCAACAUUCCAGUAAAUGUGCAUAUCUUUGGCAAGCAUGGGGAGUAUGGGAACAGAAAAACGGAAAGCUUCGAGAAGCAACAGACAAGUUUCGACUAGCUACUGCAGCAGACCCCAGUCAUUGUCCUUCUUGGCAAGCAUGGGCUAUUGUUGAAGAGAAGUUAGGUAACAUUGAGUUUGCUCGAGAAUUGUUUGAAAAAGCUUUACAAGUAGACCCCCACUCGGCACCUGCUUUUCAAGCAUAUGGAUUGUUAGAGUGUCGACAAGGCAAUAGAGAGCGAGCGAGGAUGUUAUUUAAGCGUGGCCUUCAAAUAGACUCUCAACAUAGCCAUUUGUUACAUGCGUGGGCACAGAUGGAAGAGUCCGCAGGUAAUGUUGAAUUUGCACGUCAAUUGUAUGACUGGGGUGUAAAGUCGGAGUUUCCAAAGUGUCAGGUAACGCUGAAAUCAUGGCUAAAAAUGGAAAUAAGUCUUGGAUACUUUGACGAGUCAAUGUCCAAAUUAUUAAACCUUCGUUCAACAGCCAACCAAGUUGUAGAAGAGUUGAGAAUAAUGAGAAAACUGUUAGAAAGUAGAUCUGAGGCAGAUAUUCAUUUAUUUAUGCAAUGGCUGUCGAACAGAGCCCAACAAGACCAACAAAUUUGGGCUCGAAUUCAAAGUCGUUCAGAAACAGAAGGGCGUAAAUUACAAAAAUGGAUUGAAAGGCGCUCCUCUGAAGAUAUCAAAGCAUUCUAUAAUUGGCUUAAGCACAAUCAUUCUUCAAGUUUUUUACAUUCCGUAUUUAUGCGUGAAACCGAUAAGAGUUGAAGUUGAUUUCUUUCAUUUUGCUUGUAAAUGGGAAUCAGUGU